UUUCACUGUCUGUCAAACUUCUCUUUCUCUAUAGAUAGGAAAAAUAAAGAAUACUAAACUUAAUGUUACUUAAAAGCAACGACUAACAUUAAAAUGCCUGAACCUAAAGUUCUUACCCAAAAUUAAUAGUUAUUAGAAAUUCCUAUAUUGUUGAUAUAUCAAAACAAAAUGUUUCGUAACUUGGUUAGAAUUUUAGAACCUAUAAAGUUUCAACUGUCUUGCAGAGCGCGAGCGGGCGCCGCGGACGGCGGCAGCGCGUACGAGCGCAACAGCGUGUCCAAGGAGCGGCAGCUGUCGGAGAGCCUGAAGCGCGCGCUGCCCGGCAUCACGUACGUCAGCGUCGAGGACAUCUCGGGCGGCUGUGGCGCUAUGUACGAGGUAAAUGUGGAAGCCAAGGAAUUUGUUGGUUUAUCCCGAGUCAAACAGCAUCGCUUGGUCACUGAGACUUUGAAGAGUGAAAUAGCCGAGAUGCAUGGCAUCCGCAUACACACCAAUACGCCUGGAUCUGGUGAUAAAUAACCAAAGGAUGAUAUUUAUUGUAAAUAGUUCAAGUAUAUGGAAACAAUGUUUUCAGUGUUGAUAGUUAAUAGUUACCAGUAAUGUGUUGUUAUACUUUGAUUUGAAACAAUAUUUUUUUUCAUUAGAAUAGAUUAUGCAUAAUUAAAGCA